UUCCGCUGCGUCGGGAUCAGAAGACGCAAAUGAAGUGAAACAAAUAAUCUGACAGAAGAAAAGUUCACGCUGGAGUUCUGAAACACCUCAGCGGUCCACAUGAAGUCCAAACUGAACAUGGAGAGUCUGACUAAACCAGAGCUGCUGAUGCUUUUCAGCAUCCUGGAGGGAGAGCUGGAGGCCCGGGACCUUGUCAUUGAAGCCUUAAAGGCUCAGCAUAAAGAAUUGUUUAUCCAGGAGCGUUAUGGAAAGUACAACCUCAGCGAUCCUUUCCAGGCUUUGCAGAGAGACAGCGAAGUUGUGGGUGGCCAGAACAAGGAACCUGGCUGUUCUUCUCUGACGUCCAACCCUCUGCUCGUUCUCAAACUGGUGGUGAGUCACUGCAGGAGGAUGCAAGAGAAGAUGCUGACCCAGCUGGCUGCAGCUGAGAACAGGCACAGAAGGGUCAUUGCAGACCUGGAGGAGGAAAAGAGGAGGCAUGCUGAGGACACGGCAGAAGGAGAUGAUGUCACUUACAUCCUGGAAAAGGAGAGGGAGCGUCUCCAACAGCAGCUGGAAUUUGAGAGGAGUCAGGUUCGCCGGCUGGAAAAAGAACAGCGGCGGGUUACAGAGCAGCUUGAGGAAGAACGAGCUCAGCACAAACAGCUCUCUAGCGCUUUAGCCAAAGAGUGCAAAUGGGCCAGUGCCAGGGCUCUGGAAGAGGGUCACCGGCUCACUGAGCUGAGCCGUAGACUAGAUAAGGAAAAAGAAGGCUGUCAGGUCCUGAGAAAAGAGCUGGAGGAUGAGAGAACAAGAGCUCUGAGGAUGGAGGCAAGGGUGGAGGGGCAGCUGGCUGAGUUUGACACCGAGCGCGAACAACUCCGCUCACGUCUGAAAAAGGAGGAAGCUCAUUGCUGUCAGCUGCAAGAACAGGUAGAAGAGCUGAAAAGAAAGCUGGAGGAGGUGUACAUGGCAAAAGAAAUAAAAGGAGCCAAUACAUCUCCAAUGGAAGCAACAGGAAAACAGUGGGCUACAAAAGUUUCCUCUGGAAACACAUUUGUGGACAACAUUGAGAUUGAAGACAUGGAGGAUGACACAGACCGCCCACCUGUUCUUCCAAAAGUUAAUGGUCACCAUUGUUCAGUAGAGACCAAUGGGCUUCAUAGUUCCAGCAACGCCCUCCCUGAGAAAGUGUGUCUCCAGAAUGGAAAUGAAAAUCCUCCUAUCACCUCCUGCAACGCUUCUUCUUCCACUCUUGUUUGUUCCUCACCCUGCACUUCGCCUGUUCUUGCUAAAGGCCCAUCAGGCAGCCCAAGUCCGGGAAACUAUCAGUCUCCGUACCAGGCCGGGAUCAACCAGCGUUUUCACGCUGCGCGUCACAAGUUCCAGGGUACCGUUGACCCAGAGCCGCAGUCCCAGGGUGUCCAACCUGCUCUCCCACUCUCACCAAAGGACCCUUCUUCUGUGACCAGCAGCUCCUCCACAGAAGCCAGCCCAGUCAAGCAGAUGGCCCGAAGCACCGUCACCCAAGUCCUGUCUCGUUUCACCACCGUCCAGCAGAGUGCAGCCACAAAGCUCUCCAUGUCAAAUAACUCGCCCUUCGGUACAGACUACCGCAGCCUGGCAGCACCUUUAUCUCCAGUCAUCGGAAGGGCUGCAGUUGCAGUUUCCCAAGGGAUCCGAUCACCCUCCAUCUCCAGGGCAGAAAGGGGCAACCCUCCACCCAUCCCUCCAAAGAAGUCCGGUCUGUCACCAGCAGCAGUUCCCAAAUCUGCCGACCAUUUCUCUGACAGCCACCUCUCAGGCAGCUGUGGCCUCGUCUCUGCCCAGGAGGGUGUAAAAGAACUGGACAUGGUGGUUUCAUCCAAUUAACUGAUCAUAUGAUUGUCAAUAAAUCUGCCAGCUGCUGUUCUGCUUGUGGCAUCACGGUGUAAUCCAAGGUUCAUGAUUUAUGAAUGAAGUUUGUUCCUGAAUGUGACAGGAUUUAUACCAGUAAUUGAACAGAGAUCCCUUAAACACUGUUAUAAUAUUUAAUAGAUUUUCUAAAGCAUGAGCAGAGGCACAGGUUUGGGUAGUGGUUAAAUGGAUGGUAGUUAUGAGAUUUAAAAAGGUGCCAGUGUUGUAUCAUGGGCACGUUGUUCUGUUACAGUUUAUUCUUUUCAAGGUGUCAUAUUUGAAGACACUGUAAAAAGAAAAUACAGCUCGUGAACUGAUGAGGUAUCAUUCAGUUAAAGUAUAAGUACUUUAUCCUGAGCAUGUUGCUUGUUUUUGUAAGAAACUAUCAUUAGGGGAUCAUUCUUGGACCAGGCUGUGCUGUAUCUCUUCAGUGUACAUUCAGUUUAUGUUUUUUUUGUAAAACUAUGUAUUUUUUUUUAUAGAUGUCUGUUAAUCAUUGAUGUAUGAUUGUUGUACAUACCAGAUAAUCUGAUCAGUAUUUUACUGGCAGAUCAAGUAAUAUGUGUUUAUUUUAAAGUUGCAGUGAUGAUAAUCAAUAAGACUCAGUCACCGUUAUCUUCAAGAUGUUUAAGAUAAAUUUCACACCUUUGUCAUUGUAAAAGAAAAUGUGGAAAAACAUCUGUUUAAAAGUCAGUAAUUCAUUUGAUUACUAUCACAACUCAGCUGCCAUGUUGGUGAUUUCUGCCUUUAUCAGAUCCCAUAAAGUACUUUGUAGACUCAAAGGUAACAUUGAAUAAAUUUACCAGAAAAC